AUGUCUCUCAACUACAUCAAAAACUUCUACGAAGGAUGUCUGAGGCCUCCGACGGUGAUCGGACAGUUCCACACACUGUUCUUUGGAUCAGUGCGCAUGUUCUUUCUCGGAGUUCUGGGAUUUGCAGUGUAUGGGAAUGAGGCUUUGCACUUUAGCUGUGACCCCGAUCGACGAGAACUUAAUCUGUUCUGCUACAACCAGUUUCGACCUAUAACGCCACAGGUUUUCUGGGCCCUACAGAUGGUGUCAGUGCUGGUUCCUGGAGCAGUCUUCCACCUGUAUGCAGCCUGUAAGAACAUUAACCAGGAGGAGAUCCUAGAGAGACCACUCUACACCGUCUUCUACAUCAUCUCUGUGCUGCUGCGCAUUAUUCUGGAAGUGAUUGCCUUUUGGCUUCAAAGUCAUCUAUUUGGAUUCCAGGUGCUGCCACUGUUCAUGUGUGACGCCAGUGCGCUGGAGAGGAAAUUUAACGUGACCAAAUGUAUGGUUCCUGAACACUUUGAAAAGACCAUCUUUCUCAGUGCCAUGUACACAUUCACCAUCAUCACCAUUACCCUGUGUGUGGCUGAAAUAUUUGAGAUUCUGUGUCGACGCCUCGGUUAUCUGAACAACCAUUAA